AUGUUGACAUCAGAUGUGAACACCCUUAAGAAAUCAAAACAUGAGAAAGAUGAAGCAGAGAAGGACUUGCGGGAAGCUUUGAACACUCAGCGUGAUGAAUUGAGAGAACUGCAGAGACAGCUCGCAGAGCGAGAGCAACAGGCAGCUCGUGGUGUCUUGGAGUUGGAGUGCGAGCCAACGAGAGAACUGAACUGUGAGGCCCAAGACAGCGGACGACAGCUGCAGAGGAAUGCUGAGGAGUUUGGAGAUUCUGCGAUCGAACCCAAAAGAGCUGAACCGCUGGAAGGGAGGGAGGAGUGCUUGAGCGACAUUUUUCAGGAUGCCUUGGAGCGAAUGAGUGCCUUGCAGAAGGAAAACGAGGAGAUGUUGGAAAGCACGAAGCACGAACGCAAACCAAAUGAUUCAGCAACGCGACAGUUCAACGAGCUGAAAGCACGUGGAAGUGACGAAGCCCUCAAACGGCGCAUGACGAAGCGCCGCUCCGAGCUGAACAACUUGGAAGCUCGUCUUCAUGACCUACGAGCUCUGAAAGAGGAGGUUGCGCUUCAACACCAUCUUCCCGAAGCGGAGCGAAACCAGAUUACGGAAUACCUGGAGAGAGACAUGAAGAGAUGUGAAGAGGAGAUUGACAUCAUGAGACCACCUUCACCAUUGGCCGGCCUGCCUGAAGAACUCAUCCAGGUGCUGAUGCAUAUGGCUGAGGAGGGCUUGCCAAGCGAGUUUGACAAUGGCAUUUCACCCAUGCACUGGGCAGCCCAGCGCGGUCGCCGUGAUCUCAUCGAGUUUAUUCGACAGCAAAUC